UAUCUUAAAUGUAACCCAGUAGCCUACAACUUUACAGUGACUUACCAAAACAAAUGUAAGGAGCGAUAAAUGUGUAUCCAUUUAGUUGGUCCAAUGAAACACAACACAACACGGCACAAGUUGCUAACAUGGCAUACCUUGGCAAAGACUUAAAAUUCGAGAGGGAGGAGAACUUUGAGAACUUCAUCAAAGCUCUAGAUUUCAAUUUACAAUACCGUUUAAUUCCAGGUCUGUCCGGCGACGACAAAUUGAACUAUCUCAACUACAAGCCCAGGAUUAAGCUGGUGAAGAACGGAGACAGCUACACCAUCUCCGUCCUCGGGGAGAGGACUAAGGAAAUCACCCCCGGAAAGCAGUUCCAGGAAGAGAUUAAUGGGCUUCAGGCGUCAAAGGGCUAG